AUGGUGGCCGCAGCGCCCUCGCCGGACGCAGUCCUUGACCGCAUCCGUGAACUUGUGGAGGCUGAUCCUGUGAACGAGGACCCAGCUGCACUGAACGUCCGCGGCUAUGCUCUGCUUGCCCGACUCAAGGCGCUUAAUAGGCAGGCAAAUGCGGCAACAAAGGAGCAUAAGCUUGCCACCGCCGCAGCUCGCACCACCGUGAACCAGACUCACCUUGGCUUACAGAACCUUCUCUAUGAGAAGCGCCACCUUGAGCGCGAGAUCGAGAAAUGCCGCCAAUUCGCCUCGAUUUAUCAGGACAUUCCCAUGCACUCCCUGGAAGACUUCAUGAUUCUCGCUCCAGAGAAUGCGCGCACGGAGGGCGUUCUCGCAGACAGGCACGAGCUCAUGAAAGCCCGCCUCGCAUAUGAGCUUGAGUCUCAGCAGAAGUUGGAGGGACGCUGGAAUGCACUAACCGCCGAACGCGACGAGCUUCUGAAAGAGACAAAAGACCAGACUGCAGCUGCAGAUAAGCUGCAAACACUCGUCGACCAAGUCAUGAAGUCUCUGCUUGAUACACAAAAGAGUAUCGAUGCACUCGUACCUCCUGAGCCCGUAGAGCCCAUGCCCGUGGAUGCAGGGGACGCGACGCCGACUCCGGACGCGUCGCUGGCCUAG